AGAAUGGAAUGCGUUCCAACUCCCAGUCCCAGAUAAAGACAGGAAUGUGGGAAUGGAGGAGAGAGAGAACAAAAAGCAGGCCUACGCGGAAGUGACUGCCGAGCAAACUCAACCUCCAUGUCUAAUUCUAGAUGAUCUCCCUUUACUGCCCGUGAACCGCCUGAUCGCCCGCUAGAGAAAUGGAGACUGUGGUCAUUGUGGCAAUCGGUGUCCUGGCCACCAUAUUUUUGGCUUCUUUUGUGGCUCUGGUUGUGGUCUGCAGACAGCGAUACUGCCGUACGAAGAACCUACUUACACAUUAUAACAACAAGCCGACAGUGGAUUUAAUUGGAGCGAUGGAAACUCAGUCUGAGCCAUCGGAGUUGGAGCUGGAUGAUGUCGUCAUCACAAACCCUCAGAUAGAGGCAAUCCUCGAAGAUGAAGAUUGGAUUGAAGAUGCCUCGGGGCUGGUCUCGCACUGCAUCUCCAUUCUAAAGAUAUGCCAUACCCUGACGGAGAAGCUGGUCGCUAUGACCAUGGGAUCUGGCGCCAAGAUGAAGUCUUCAUCAAGCCUAAGCGACAUUAUUAUUGUUGCAAAAAGAAUCAGUCCAAGAGUUGAUGAUGUGGUCCGUUCCAUGUAUCCUCCUUUGGAUCCUAAACUGCUUGAUGCUAGAACCACUGCCCUCCUUCUCUCCGUCAGUCAUCUUGUGCUGGUGACCAAAAACGCUUGUCACUUGACCGUCGGGAUGGACUGGAUCGACCAAUCAAUGUCUGCCGCCGAGGAGCACAUGACCGUCCUAAGGGAAGCCGCCUUAGCCGCUGAGCCCGAGCGAGUGAUCCCAGGAGCUGACAAUUUCUUGCAGGAGCAAUCUACAAUUUAAUGGCCUUCCCAGUUUUUUUGUAAAGAAGGGACAUUUCAGAUAAUUGGAUCGCAUGUAUAUAUUCAGAGAAACUAUCCUGAUUCUCUUUACCCGGAUUCUCUGAGAUUAAGCUCCUGUCCCUACUAUCCUCAUUCUAAGCGAGGAGGACAUCUCCUGGAACCCAGCGAGAUGUUACAUUUUUAACGUUUUUUGUGAAUUUAUUAUACUUAAUGACAUAAUGACAAUCAAUGUCGAUUUAUCCGUCAUGCCAGGUGAAAUUGCUGUGAUGUUCUAAUGACUUCUACUUCAUAAUUGUAUUGUAUGUUGAGUUUUACUUCUCGCUACGUAGAUUCCGCCAUCUUGAGUAAUUAUUGGCCUAAGUUAACCUCUGUCUGUCUUUUAACAUUUUUAUUUUUUUGUUGCUUUUGUAAUACACACAAACUAUUUAUA